UUUGCUGGUAUUCUCGCGUUAAAUCUAUUCUCGCGUUAUUUUUAUUUUUCACGAGGUUGAAUCACAGCGCCACCUAUAGUAAAUAUUUGUGACCUACUUUUAUUCAGCAGUGUUUUGAGUAACAUUUUACAGUAAUGAACCGACUAAAGGGGUCCCAAAGCAGGCUUAAGCAGCCAUAUGACAAGGAAAGCCUUAAGAGAGCCUAUGCAGCUUGUGUUUCAAAUGGCAUGUCUGUUUAUCGGGCAUCUAGAGUGUACCAUGUCCCGGAGUCUACUUUGAGAGACAGGACUAGACAUAAUGUCACCCUUGAGGCACGUCCUGGACCAGAGACUCUAUUGUCUUCUCUGGAGGAGGACAAGCUAGCACAGCAUAUAAAGUAUAUGGCCAGUAUCGGAUAUGGCUACACCAUGACCAACAUAAGAUUUAUGGCUGCUGACUAUGCCAGGUCAAUGGGGAAGAAAGUUGUUGCGAAGGAUGGGUUUAAGUACUGUGUGGUACUAUAG